AAUAUAUUUAAAAUAAAAAGCAUUCUGCAUUUCUAUUUAUUUAUUUGUAACAGUCACCCUUUUCUUUUUUCUUUUUUCUUUUUUUUACCUUUCUUUGAUAAACAAACAUGGAACAUGUGUUAAUGUGGGAUGAGAACAAAGUGACGAAAUGGAUGACUACAAUUGGCUUUUCUUGCUUUGAAAAACAAUUUCGAGAACAAGGUAUUACAGGUGACGUCCUCGUCAAUUUGGACCAUGAAUCGCUAAGAGAUCUCUCUGUAUUGACUGUGGGACAACGUAUGGACCUCUUGAAGAACAUAUACCAAUUAAAGAUUCAUUAUAGAGUUCCUGUAAACGAAUGGGAUUAUAUUCCUCCCAGUGUUUUAUACGAAACUGACUGGUUAGGACAAAACGGCAUGGCCGAUUAUCGAAAAAUUGAAGCCGCCUUUCAGGAACGAGAUGCACGCAUAAAACGAUUGACAGAAGAUUUGGGAAGAGUGAAUAGCGAUAUGAUGACAUUGAAAGAUGAGAUUGGACAGAUAUUAAAAUCCAGGGACAAACCUAAUACAAAAGGAUAUUAUACAAAACAUGUGAAUUCGCCCACAAAAGUCUCAUCACCACUUCAUGCCAAUGAACAUUACAUGAAUAGAAAUGACUCGGAAGAGUCUAAACUGACACCGAAUGUGGUGAUUAAUGAUGGUGGAGCUAUCAAAGUAUACGGUGAUAAGAUAUCCAAGGUCGAACACGAACCCGAGUCAUCCAAAAAUGUCAGAUUGUUACUGGACGACCCCACAUCCAAAGUAAUUUGUUCUGCUCUAAAGAAAUACAAUGUAGUGAGUGACUGGCAACAAUAUGCUUUAUGGAUACAGUAUGGAUCGCAUGAUAAUUUACAAGAAAGAGCAUUGGGCUAUGAUGAACGACCCUUGAGGAUCUCUCAGAAAUUAAAAGACGCUAAACAAAACCCGGUGUUUGUGUUGAAACAUGUGAAGGAUAAUAAACCAUUUAUUCCACCUAAUAAUUAUAGUCACCCACGACCUGCACCACCAAAACCACAACAGAUGCCAACUUUUAACAAUAAUAGUAUUACUUCGGGUAAAGUAGGAUUUGAAGUGGUGGUUCCCGUCAUGUCUUCUUCCAUGUCUUCUCCCACCGCUACCUCCUCUACCACUACCACCACUACUGUCACAUCAGCUGCCCAAUCCUCACCUAAGAGACAUAUAAAAAAAGCACCCGAGUAUAAUAACGAACUAGGUUUGGAUAGUGCCGUUGUCAAUGCUAUAUUUUCAAUUAAUGACGGGGCUCAAAACCCGUAGUUUUUCAUGCAGUUACCCCACCUUUUAAAAAUAGUAAAGGGACAGUCACUUUUUAUUUAUUUAUUUUAUCAAAUAAAUGAAUUGACAGUGAUGCACCUGU